CUCGCUUCCCCGCGAUUGAUUAGGGUUUCCAUUCAGAAGCUUGGUAAUGGAUUCUCCUCUGCGAGCAUUUGCUCACUGAUUAGGCUUUUGAUCCACUUCCCAUUGAUCCUGGAAACGGUCUGUUCUUCAGAUUCUAGCCGGCGAUCGAGAAAUGCAUCUUGUGGGUGAGGAAAGGAAAGCAAAUCUUCCUGGACCGCCAUCCAUGGCUUUUCCUGCCGUUCCACAAACUUUGACACCUUUUGUGUCAGAUCCUGAGGCUGGGUUUGAAUCAUCUGCUCCUUCUGGAACUGCAACUCCAUUUUUGUCUUCAGGGCCUGUGUCUGGUCCCAGGCCAUUAGGUGUCUCUCAGGUCACAAUGCAAACCUUUCCUUCUAGGCCUAUGGCUGGGUAUGAGAUGUCAGAAUAUAGGAUGCCAUCUCCACCUCCAGCUGGUCCCUCUAGUACUCCCAUGCCAUCUUAUCUGGCACAAGGUGCAAGCUCCUAUCAGCAACUAUCAACUCCUCCAGUUCUUCCAACUGCUCAAGCUGUACAACCCCUUCGUGGUCCACCUUUGGGUGCUCCUCCAUUUCCUGCGCCUACUGGGUCUUUUCGGCCUCAAACCCAAAUUUCAUCAGUUCCAAUAGGAGCCCCGCCUCAAAUUGGAAAUUCUUUACCACCUAGAGCUAAUAUGCCACUGCCAACGUCAGAGUCAUCACUUGCACCACAAAAGCCAUUUUUUCAGUCACCAUGGCCUGGGAACCCAAAUGCAUUUCCAAGCGGUAAUGUUCCCCAGCCUCCUUUGGAGUCACAAUUUCCUUCUCCUAGACCAGUUUCACAGUCUCCUUUGCAGGCUUAUUCAGCUCCAUAUAUGCCACUGCCCAUGUCAGAGACAUCACUUCCACCACAUAAGCCAUUUUCUCAGUCACCAUGGCCUGGGAACCCAAAUGCAUUUCCAAAUGGUAAUGUUCCCCAGCCUCCUUUGGAGUCACAAUUUCCUUCUCCUAGACCAGUUUCACAGCCUCCUUUGCAGGCUUAUUCAGCUCCAUAUGAGCGACUGCCCAUGUCAGAGACAUCACUUCCACCACAUAAGCCAUUUUCUCAGUCACCAUGGCCUGGGAAUUCAAAUGCAUUUCCAAGCGGUAAUGUUCCCCAGCCUCCUUUGGAGUCACAAUUUACUUCUCCUAGACCAGUUUCACAGCCUCCUUUGCAGGCUUAUUCAGCUCCUUAUGUUUCUUCCCAAGCCCCUCCUUUGAAUGCUCACCAAGGAAGUUAUGUGCCACCUGCACCUUUGGGUUUUAAUUCAAGAGAGCAAAUGCAGUAUUCCGGCACUGGACCUCAACUUGGAGGCACCAUUCAAGGUCUGCUUGAGGAUUUCCAGUCAUUAUCUGUUGGCUCUUCUCCAUGCAUGCUUGAUCAAGGAAUAGAUCCCGAAUCACUGCCAAGGCCAUUGGAUGUUGAUCAAGAGCUUAUUUCUAUUCUUGAAAAAUACCCUCUAAACUGCCACCCAAGAUAUCUAAGAUUGACAACUCAUGCAAUACCAAGUUCACAAUCAUUGCUUUCUAGGUGGCAUUUGCCUCUUGGAGCAGUGGUUCAUCCUUUAGCAGAAGCUCCAGAUGGGGAAGAAGUGCAGGUUGUCAAUGUUGGUUGUGCUAGUGUUGUCAGAUGCCGAAGAUGUCAGACUUACGUAAAUCCUUACGUGACAUUUAUGGAUGCUGGACGGAAAUGGUGGUGCAACCUUUGUUCUCUACUCAAUGAUGUUCCUAUAGAGUAUUUCUGUCCCUUGGAUGCAAGUGGAAGAAGAUGUGAUGUAGAUCAAAGACCUGAGCUUUCCAAGGGUAGUGUGGAAUAUGCUGCUCCAGCUGAAUAUAUGCGUCGACCACCAAUUCCUCCAAUAUAUUUCUUUCUUAUUGAUGUGUCAGUAACUGCAGUCCAGAAUGGUUUUCUUGAGACUAUAGCGACAACAAUCAAAUCUUGCCUUGAUGGGUUUCCUGGCUCUCCUAGGACACUGAUUGCCUUUCUAACUUUUGACAGCAGGUUACAUUUCUACAGUUUGAAGUCUUCUCUGUCCCAACCACAGAUGAUGGUGGUUUCAGAUUUGGAAGAUAUAUUUCUUCCUAUGCAUGAUGAUCUUCUUGUCAAUUUAGCUGAUUCAAGAACUGCCAUUGAUAAUCUUUUGGAUAGCUUGCCCAGUAUGUUUCAACACACUGUAGAUGUAGAAUCUGCUUUGGGACCUGCUCUCAUGGCAGCACACAUGAUUAUGCGUCAACUUGGAGGAAAGUUGCUCGUCUUUCAGAAUACAUUACCUUCUCUUGGUGUUGGCCGGCUAAGGUUACGUGGCAAUGACCUUUGUAUCCACGGGACAGAUAAAGAACAUACCUUAAGAGUUCCUGAAGAGCCCUUCUAUAAGCAGAUGGCUGCUGAAUUCACAAAGAAUCAUAUCGCUGUGGACAUAUAUGCUUUCAGUGACAAGUACUCUGAUAUAGCUUCUCUAGGAUCUCUUGCCAAAUACACUGGUGGACAGGUUUAUUAUUAUCCAUCAUUUCAGGUAACAAUUCAUGGACAGAAACUCAGAUAUGAGUUGACCAGGAACCUAACCAGGGAGACUGCUUGGGAAGCUGUCAUGCGUAUUAGAUGUGGAAAAGGGCUGCGGUUCACAACUUAUCAUGGUCAUUUUAUGGUAAGAUCAACGGAUUUUCUAGACCUCCCAGCUGUGGAUUGUGACAAAGCCUUUGCGAUGCAAUUUUCUUUGGAUGAAACACUGAUAACAGAACAGACCAUAUAUUUUCAAGUAGCCCUCCUAUAUACUUCAUCCUCUGGUGAAAGACGCAUUAGAGUUCAUACAGCAGCUGCACCAGUUGUGUCAGAUCUUGGGGAGAUGUACCGCCAGGCUGACUCUGGAGCCAUUGUAUCUAUGAUGAGCAAGCUUGCAAUUGAGAAAACUCUUUCUGGCAAGCUUGAGGAUGCCCGCCAGUUUUUACAGUUGAAAUUAAUGAGAAGUCUCAGAGAAUACAGAAACCUUUAUGUUGUGCAACAUAGGUUAGGCGGGAGGCUGAUAUAUCCGGAGUCUUUAAAAUAUUUGGCGUUAUACAUAUUGUCUCUAUGCAAGACCCUUGCUCUUCGUGGGGGAUAUGUUGAGGCUUCACUAGAUGAACACUGUGCUGCUGGAUACAGUUUGAUGAUUUUACCGAUUGGAGGGAUGCUUAAGCUUCUAUAUCCAACGUUGGUUAGGAUAGAUGAGAUCCUUUUGAAGGCCCCAGAUAACUCUGAAUUGUUGAACGAAUUGAAACCAUUACCCUUGACAAAAGAGAGUUUAGAUGCUGGAGGAUUAUAUCUUUAUAAUGAUGGAUUCAGCCUAAUUCUUUGGUGUGGCAGAAUGCUAUCUGCUGACAUUGUGAAAAACAUACUUGGAAUCGACUUUUCUACCUCCCCAGAUUUAUCAAAGGUUACAUUGUUUGAGCAUGAUAACGAGGUUGCUCGAAAAUUAACAAGCAUGCUGACAAAGAUAAGAAAGAACCAUCAUUCCAACUAUCAAUUAUGCCAUAUUGUAAGACAAGACGAGCAACCGAGAGAAACCUCGUUGCUUCUCUCCAACCUCGUCGAAGAUCAGACAGCCGGAACCUUCAGUUACAGAGACUGGAUGUUGCAAAUGUUCCUUCAAACACAACAAAUUUCUUGAAGCUAUAAUAGAAAGAAAAAAAACAAAAAAAGCAAAAGACCACAUUUUUUUUCUUGUUUACACUGGCAUUGUGUUCUCCAAGUUUUGUCCAAGUAAAUACUUGAUCAUAGUAUAUUUUUUGGGGUUCAAAGUCAUGCCAGCAACUAAGUCUUACCAAUAUGAGACUUGAG